AUGUCGUUUUUAUUAAGCUGUUUACCUUGCUUCAGCUCCCAACCUGAAUUGAGGAUCAACAAGGUAAAAUUCAAAAUUUUAAAGCUACUAGGAGAAGGUGGUUUCUCAUAUGUCUAUUUAGUGGAAGCUUCAAAUGGCGGAACAUACGCCUUGAAGAAGAUCAGAUGUCCCUUUGGGGCUGAAAGUGUUAAAAUUGCCAUGACUGAAGUGGAAAACUAUAGAGAGUUCCAUUCCCCUUACAUCAUUAGAGCAAUAGAUUCAAGUAUUGUACAAGAAGAAGAUGGUUCAAAGACUGUUUAUAUCCUUCUUCCGAACUUUGAGAGUUCAUUGCAAGACAUCAUCAAUAAAAAUGUGAUAAAUGAUACAAGAAUUGAAGAAGCUGAGGCAAUAAGGAUAUUCAUUGGGAUGUGUCGAGGUUUACAGAGUAUGCAUAGACAUCAUAUAAGCCAGAAUAACAGACAAGCAAUUGAAGAUAUGAAUCUGAAUUUAUCAACAGAUGAACGUGAAAACUUGUUAAAUGGAGAAGAUUCAGAAAAUGCCACAGAAUUAACCCAAACAAUUGCCUAUGCUCACAGGGAUAUCAAACCUGGAAAUGUGAUGUUGUCAAAAGAUGGAAUUCCUGUUUUAUGUGAUCUUGGAAGUUGUGCCAAAGCUCGAGUGAAGGCUAAAACCAGAAGUGCGGCUGUUGCAAUCCAAGAAUUAGCAGCUGAACAUUGCACCUUACCAUAUAGAGCUCCAGAACUGUUGGAUGUGAAGACAGGUGCAAAGAUUGAUGAAAAGAUUGAUAUUUGGUCAUUGGGAUGUACGUUAUAUGCAUUACUUUAUGGCUGCUCACCAUUUGAAUAUGAAGAAAGUGAAAACGGGGCUAGUAUAACUUUGGCUAUAAGCAAUGGUAAAUAUGAUUUCCCAAAGAAGAAUGAUAUUUACUCGGAUGAAGUCAAAGACUUGAUUAAACUGUGUAUUGUUGUGGAUCCUGCUCAGAGGCCAGCUAUAGAACAAGUUUUAUCCAGAGCCCUUGAAGUUCAAUCAAGAAGAGGAUGA